GAAGGCGAAGUCGCGAACAUGCGCAGAAUUCAUGGCUGGAUGGCUGGUUAUCUGCUCUGCUUGAAUGAAAUGAUAAUAAGUCGGCGUGAUAACAAAAGAAAUAGUAAAAAUUGUAUUUCUUGUAAUAAUUUUGGACAAUGAAGAAAAUCUAGGAUUAGAAAUUGGAAUUGAAGAUGAACCCUCAAAAACAAUGUUAAAAUGACACCAGAAACAAGAAGUAUCUCAUGAUCAAAUGCCAUUCCGAUAUCACAAUUUAUCAUCUUUAUGGUGCCCUUUUAUAUUGUGCUGCCAAUGAAAUCUGGAAUAAAAUGGUUAUGUUCAACGUCAAAAAACAGCACCAAGGUGUUUCUAUUGGUAUUCAUUGUGUUUCUAUUACUAUGCUACUUUCCACAUUUUAAGAGUACUCCAAAAACAAACGAAAUCUCAGGAUGGGAAAAAUCAGUCAACAGAAAUGCCAAAGAUUAUGUGUAUCCAGAAAAACUUACCACCAUGACUUCCGUAAACUUCACCUGUGCAUCAAAUAAACCACUAAUGCUGAUCAUAGUUUGUUCGGAAAUAGGGCAUGUGGAACAGAGAAAAGCUGUUCGCGAAACUUGGGCAGUUGCAGCUCAAAGAAACAAUAUGGCUGUGUUGUUUUUAAUGGGAAUUGAUACCAAAAAGGAGAUAGAUCAUGAAAUAAUUGAUGAGAAUUUGAAAUAUGGAGAUAUAAUUGUCGAGAACUUCGUUGACACUUACAAUAAUUUAACAAUAAAAUCAAUAAUGAUGCUGAAGUGGAUAAAUCAAAAUUGUUUAAACGCUAAAUUCAUUAUGAAAGUUGAUGAUGAUGUUUAUAUCAACGUAAGAAAUGUUUUGAAAACGAUUGAUUCUGUGAAAGAUGCCGAUUUAGCUGGAUUUCUUCUUGGUAAAUUAUAUACUCACGAAAGACCUCAUAGAAGAUUAACUUCAAAAUGGUACAUGCCCAAAUAUAUGUUUGCUGAUGAUUUAUAUCCUCAUUACUUGUGUGGAGUUGGUUAUAUUAUGUCUUCCGAGGUAGUUCGAGCGUUAUAUCAAGAAAGCUUAAAAAAAGAACUUGUUUAUCUGGAGGAUCUAUUCAUUACCGGAAUCUGUGCCAAAGCAGCCAAACUGACACCGACUGAUCAUCUUGGUUUUCAUUUUUUCGAACAUGCUGUGACUGUAGAAUGUAAUUCGAUACAUCCUCAUUUAGUAUUACUUAGUCAUCAUUUGAAUGAUGUGCAAAUGCGAAACCAACAUGAACAAAUGCUGGAAUGUUGGAGACAAAUAUUGUUGCCUGAAUGGAUCCAUGUAUGAUGAGUAGAGCUGGGAUUUUAUACAGAAAUAUUAUGAAAAUAUGCAAUUUUUUCACUCAAGUAUGCUAAAAAUUUGCAAAAACCUAAAAAGCUCAAUUUUUGUAUAAUUCCCGUUAAAAUGCAAAAAAAAUACUGGAGAGAAUGCUCGAAAUUCGAAUAUACAGAAAUAUGAAGGUUUUCUCCUAAAAUAUGCAAAAUGAUAUUAGGCUCAUUCACUCAUUCGUCUGGAAAUUUCAUGAUUCGUGGAGAUCUUAUCAAAUAUGCACUUUUCUAGUCUACAGAAAAAUAUGCGAAGCAUAAAAAUCCCAGCUCUAAUGAUGACAAGUAAGGAAUCUCACACCACAACACAGGAAUCUCUUUAUUGUUAUGAAAUGAAACAAAGUUUUUAUGCAUUUUCAUAAUUAAUUUUAGUCCUUUGUUCUGUGAUUUUGUAUCUAUAAAAUUUUAAUAAGAUGAAAAUCGCCAAUCGAACUACAGGGUGGCCAGAAAUAUCGGGUACCCCUAAGAAAGUUUUUCAUUAAAAAUAUAGGUUGGCAACGUGAAAUAAAUGCAUAUGAUUGGUGGAAUGUUAUCUCUCCAGCCCAACAACCAAUCAUGUGUUAUCAUUAUUAUCAUUCACUGUGACCAACCGAAGUAUUUAAUUAGAAAACUUUUUUAGGGGUACCCGAUAUUUCUGGCCACCCUGUAUUGCCUUAAUAGGUACCUAUAUAUUACUAAAACUUGUUUUCCAUGAUAGGCUAUCAUUUGCUUUGUUUGAUAAGUUAGAAAUAGGUAGGUGGAAAAAUAAAAUGUAGUGAAGAUUUCAGAUCCGAGAAUUGGCCAUGACCUCUUCCUCAUUUGCUCAAAUAGUGUUAGAAUUUUGAAUUUUGUUCAAUUUUUUGCUAGUGAUUGAGUGUGUUACGGUACAAUACUCACAGGAACGAAAACCACCAGGUACUAGAGAUGAACAAAAAUGUAAGAAAAAUAGCAUUUUGAUCUAUUCGAAAUUUUUUGAAAUUUUUAACCUACAAAGUUUGUAGACGAUUUUUUUGCCAUUACUUUUGCGCAGCAUUCUACAUUUUUUCCCCGUCCUUCAUCACUUCAAACAUCACUUGAUAAAGAAGCAACUUGUCGCCUACUUUAGCUGGUAUUUUUGUUUACCAAGCUUGUAUUCUUGUAGUUCCUUUUUUUUUUUUUUUUUUUUUUUAUACAGAUUUUUGCCUUAUUAUGCUCGUAAUGUAACUUGUUAAUAUUUAAGGAAAAACGUGUACGUAAUAUUUUUUUAAAAUAAAACUUUCUACGUAAUUUUUCAAAAAAAUGCACCACAAAUUCUUUGUUUUACCUAUUUGUAGUGAUUUGCAUUGUCUAGGAGUAAAUGUAGGUACGUAAUUGUAAUAUCAAAUACGUAACUGGAUUGUUAAUUUUGUGAGAAAAAAUAAAAUACGUAGUUCAUCAA